GUGAUUUUAAAAUAAUUGUAUUUAUUUAAUAUGUUUGUUUUCCCUAAAUUUCGCAUUUAUUAAAUAUAGGAAAUCAGUAUUUGAGAAGUUAACAGAAACGUACAUUACUUUGGGACGCUCUACAUUUUUUAACAAGCUAUAAUGCCGUUUUUUAUUCUUUGGUGCUUUACAUAAACACCGGUUAUUUUUAUAUUAUUUACUUAUUUAUUUAAAAAAAAUUAUUUCUGAAAUAGCUACUCUUAUUAAUCCACUUCUAACUUGUGUAUACUUGGACGACACAUUUCCCGGGAGCUGUUGCUGUUUAUAGCAUAACUAUCACGUAACCUGCUGGAUGUACAUCUGUUUUUUGAAUCAUCCUCAUAAACAGCGGUGGUCCUUUAACCCCUGCGAUGCACAUAUUCUGCCUCACUGUACUGCUCGUGCUGCGCGGGCUGGUCUUCUGCGAUUCUUCCAGUGACGAACCGCAACACACUGGUAUAUACAAGGACACAACUGCAACCACAGAUCCAUGUCUGCAAGUGAGCCCUCCGUGUGCAACGGAUGCUGACCGCUUCAGUCUGGAGGCUCUUCAGCACAUCCACAGAGAGAUGGAUGAUGAUCAAGAUGGAGGCAUUGAGGUGGAGGAGAGUGUUGAGUUCAUCAUAGAAGAUAUGCAGCAGCAACAACAGGCAAACAAGCACAGUAAACUCCAUCAAGAGGACCAGCACAUCACUUUGGAGGAGCUUUGGAAGGGCUGGAAAUCCUCUGAGGUGCAUAACUGGACUCAGGAUGACGUGUUAAGGUGGCUGACAGAGUUUGUAGAGUUGCCUCAGUAUGAAAAGAGCUUUAAAGAGCUGAAUGUGAAUGGGAACACCUUGCCCAGGAUUGCUGCCAAUGAGCCAUCAUUUAUGAGUACCUUCCUGAAGAUCCAGGACCAGCAACACAAACAGAAGCUUAAACUCAAAGCCCUGGAUGUGGUACUGUUCGGACCCACCACACGUCCUCCACACAAUUGGAUGAAAGACCUGCUUCUUAUAGUGUCUGUGGUGAUGGGGGUUGGUGGAUGCUUGUUUGCACAAGCACAGAAUAAAGCAUCCAAGGAACAUAUUUCAAAGAUGAUGAAGGACCUGGAUAGCUUGCAGAGAGCUGAACAAAGCCUCAUAGACCUACAGGAGCAGUUGGAGAAGGCCCAGGAAGAGAAGCGCACAGUAGCCGUAGAGAAGAAGAAUCUUGAGGAGAAGAUGAGGGACGAGAUUCAGGGUGCUCAGGAAGAAGCCAACCGCCUACACAAACUCCGGGCAGGAGCCGUAAGUGAACUCAGCCGUCUUCUGUAUGCAGAGGAAGAACUUGAACAGGUGCGUGAUGCACUGAAGAGGGCUGAAAAAGAUAUGCAGUCCCUCUGGUCACUCCCUAAAUCUUUGCAGCUGUGGCUACAGCUCACCCAUGAGGUCGAAGUUCAAUACUAUAACAUCAAGAAGCAAAGUGCCGAACAACAACUAAUCACUGCUAGAGACGAGGCUGAGAAGAUCAAGAAAAAAAGGAGUUCAGUAUUGGGUACACUACAUGUGGCACACAGCUCUUCAUUGGAUCAAGUAGAUCAGAGAAUCCUGGAGGCUAAGAAUGCACUAGCAGAGGUGACUGCUUGUCUAAGGGAGCGUCUGCAUAGGUGGCAGCAGAUAGAGAGCUUGUGUGGUUUUCCAGUGAUAAAAAAUGCUGGCCUACCCAGUCUUACCGCUACUCUCUACCCAGACCCCAAUUGGAUGCUAAUGCCCCGGGCUGCAAUGCAGUCCUAUCAAGUGCCCAUUGCAGUGGAGGACAUGGAGGAAGAAAUGCCACAGAUUAUACAACAGAUUCCUGUCACAGUUACACCACUGAAAUGUUCUCCACGGUCUCUGGUUCGCUCUCGCCGAUCUGGGCACAGUGUGUCAUCACCUGUCAUGAUAUCACCUGAUCCUGAUCUGCUGAUACCCAUUCGAACUCCACUACGCAGAUAUGGAGAUGACGAUGAAGACCAUAUCAGAUACUCCACACUUAUGAAUCAGGAGUCCGUGGAAGCUUCCUCUGAUACAGAGUCCAUGGGGUCAUCCAUCAGCAGAAAGUACUCCAGCCUUGAUGUUCCUCCUCGAAGAAAAUACAAAGAAGGCAUUUUCUCUGAUAAAAUAUCCCGAAAGAUUUCCCUGGAUGGGCAAGAGGACAGUCCCUCCCACAAGAUCUCACAGGAGGAGAUGGAUGAGUCUUUGAAAAGCACCUCAAGGAAAGUAUCCAGAGAGGAAUUGGACAUUGAUUAUCCAUCAAGAAAGACAUCUAGAGAGGAGUUAGACACCUCUAUGGACCUUUCUAAACAACUGACAGGUAGAGGAGAUACUGAAGCUACUGCUGAUUCAAGGAAAUUACCCAGGGAUUUGCCAUUAGAUUCUACAAUGAGGUACUACUCUACAGAAAAGGUAUAUUCCCCUACAGGGAUCAACAUGGAAAGCCAGAGACAACGGACAUUCAGUGACAGAAAGGAUCAUAUGGUUGACAGUUUUUCCAGAGUGUUUCCCAAAAGUGAGCUUGACGCAGAUACAACAAGUGGAAAUAGGUAUUCAGAUGGCUUAAAGACCACUUCCAUAAAACUUAAGGAUAAUCUGGACUUUCCAACCAACAUCCAGCGAGGAAGGGAGUUUAGGGACAUUUCCUUUGAUGCAACUUUUGAGAGUUCAGUGGAAAGCUCAAAAAAAUUUAAAAUGUUUCCGGGAAAAACAGACUUGUCCAAAGACAUCUCUUCACGCAUGAUGGCGCAAGAUGAAUUUGAUAUGUCCCCUGAUUUAGAAAGAUUCAAAGUUAGAGACAAUUCUACAGAGACUGCCUCUAGAAAAAUGGUGAGAGAUGAGUUUGACACAUCAAUAGAAACACAGAGGAGAAAGUCCUUUAAGGAGAGCAGGGAUGUCCACAUGGACAUUCUCACAAAAAAGCUCUCUCGAGAUGAGCAUGAUCUUACCAUUGAGACCCAAAGAAUUCAACGUAAUAAGACAGAUAGCUCUGUGGACAUGCCCACUGUUAAAAUACAGAGAGAGAUGGUGGGUUUAUCCAUGGAGGCUCCAAGGCGCAAGAUGUCACAGGAUGAAUUUGCAGUUGAAAACCCAGGCCAAUUUGGCCCACCUGACCUCACUGUUAGUUCCUUGAUGCUCUGGAAUCCCACCUCAGACCCACUCAGCACGCUAGUGUACGACGGAAUUCUGGAAAAGUCCUACGAGAACCCUCUUACGUCCAGUCCUGGGGAUCUCAUUUAUGCAGCUGCAAUGUCUAACUCUACCCAAAGCCUCCUUUCAAAUGAAGGUAAAACAGCACAUUCAUCGUCUUCAGAACCUGGUAGCAAAGACAAGGGCAAGAAGUCUUCUAAGCUUAAGAAUUUAUUCAAGAAGAAAAAGGAUAAGGAGAAAGAUAAAGACUCAUAGAGACCAACAAUGAGGAAGGCUGAAACUUGGACUGUCCUUUAAAUUUGUUCUUUAAAGCUGGCUUUGUCUUAUAAACCCAAGGGAUCAGUAUAACAUAAGCAAAGUUAAACAUACUUACAGGGAAGUAGCCUUGGAUUUUCAUGGAAAAAAAGAUUUGUUUUAGAUAUGCUGGAAGCAAUUUAAGCCUGACAGAGUGUCACUUUCAGUUUCAUAAUUUAAAAUUAUUUUCAAUGACAUGGAUCUGUGAGCUUUUUGCUUUUUUGAUAAACUGAAAGAUUUUUGUAUGUGUGUACAGAUUAACAGAUGCCAUUGUAGCAUAAAGAGACAAUUGCAACUUGCUUAGGUACUACUUAUUUAUUUGUUUUUUUUGCACAGAGAAAUAGAAAAAAAUUAAUAACUUAAAAUCAUUACUAACGAAGGCUUUAGUUUACUCUAACUACAGUUUAUAUAUAAGUGAUCUUAUGAAUUACAGAAUGUGCAAUAUUUGCAUCUAAAAAAUAUAAAUCUAUUUUUAACAUCGGGGGACUAAAAACAGUUCAUGGAAUGGAAACGAAAAACGAAAACGAACAAAAUUCUUUGCAGAACAAAGUGAUUUUCAGUUGUUCCAGAGUGAAAACGUUGGUAACCGAUUCAUUUUGUUCCAAUAAUUUUUCAUGAAACUAAAGGCCAAAGUAAAUUUUUGGAACUACACCACUUCAUGUUGUCUGAAAAAAUGAAACAAAAAUGAAAAUGAAGAAAUGAAAAUGUGCUUUGAUCCUGAAGGAAACUGCUGCAUCACAUAUUUCUUUGCCUAAUUGCCUUUUGUGGAUGAAAUUUGAUGUUUGAUGAUCUCACUGACAUUUAUUUUUUUAUGCAGUUUACCUUUUCAGGCUUUUUUGUCAGCCUAUAUCUGUUUUACUGUGAUUUUGUGUUGAGAGUAAGGAAUGGCCUAUGUAUUAUACAGUAAGUAUUAACAGGAGUUAAUACUUUUUCUGGGAAGUAUUUUAUUGGUAUUCAGUUCUAAUUCUAUUGUGCAUCACUUUGGGCAACAUUUCUUGUUUUAAAAAUGUACACUAAAUUUAACUUGAUUUGGGAAAACAAAUAUUUUUUAAAUGACAUUUCUGCGAAAGACAUUUCUACUGACACUUAAUUGAAUAGGUGUCCUGUUUCCUCUUUGUUUUCUCUUUUAGUUACUAGCUGGUGAAUAUUUUCCUCAUCUUUAAUUUUUUAGUUUCAGCUUAACAAAAAGCUAAACGUUCAAUAAUCAAAUGUGUUUUCCUUUAUUUAUU